GCAGCUCUCGCGGCGGCCUGUGAUGUCGCGAUACUCGUAACGAGACGACGUAUAGGUGCAUGCGGGUUGAACUCUGAUACCGCAUCGGGCAGCAGCAGUCGUCGUCGACGACGACGAUGUCGACGACGCUGUAUCGGGUUACAACGCGAACACUAUUUGUAUCGAGCACGCUCUCGCGCGGCUCCGAAACGAGCGGGGCUGUCAUUUGGAAACGAAUGAUCGGCCGAUAAGACGCGCACUCACGAGCUCGUCUAAUCGGAACCGUUUCUUUCGACUGGGAAGCUGCACGGCGGCGUUGUGCCGAUUUAUUAGCAGCCGUGGGGGCUCCCGUCGCGGUGAAGAAGAGGCAACAGCGUGUGAUGAUGAUCCUAGAUAGUAAGAAUGUGGAGUACGAGAUCAUCGACAUAACGGAGCCAGGCAAGGAAUUGGAGAAAGAGUUCAUGCAAACCAAUAGCAACGCGAGGACCAACAAGUAUCCAUUGCCACCACAAAUAUUCAACGAGGAUGAUUAUUGUGGAGAUUACGAAGACUUUGACUUAGCGAACGAAAUAGACGAGUUGGAAAAAUUUCUAAAGGUGACGACGGCGGUCAGCACCGCGGAGAUCACUCUCGACUCGAAAUCUCAGAAUGACGAAAUCCAAGAGAAUGGAAAUACUUCCAGCCGGGAGCCUUCCACAGAUAAGGAUGCGGGUGUAGUACCCUCUGACAGUUUACCAGAAAGGACAACCCUAGAAAGCGAGAAUAAAGAAUUAGAUGAGUCUAAACCAACUGAAGUAGAUAGCGCCGCCAAAACUAUCACUAGCGACGAAGGCGAACAUGCUGAAGAUAGUGGCGAUAAAAAUGAAGAGAAAUCCGACGACCAAGAGAAAGAGGAAUAGACACGAGAGAUACACCCAUGCGAAACUGGGAAUAUUCCACACAAUGACAUCCUUCCUUUUACACCCACAAGCGUAUUUUGCAAAAGCUACGUUUAUUACAUUACUAAGGCUGAGUGAAGGUACUGCCAAGAUAAUAUUCUGUAUUGCGGAAAGUCUAUUGAGUGGACAGUUUAAGGUGACGCAAAGAACAUACUUUUAUAGAAUAUACUUUGUAUUUUAGAUGAAUCGCGUCUUCACCAAUGUUUCUCGACAGGUCUGAUUAGGUGAUAUGAGUGAUAUAAUUCCUUCAUAUCGCUAUCUUCACACGCGUCCUCACGUUUGUCUAUUAUUUUGCAUUGUUCCGCACCAUUUCCC